UGUGAUCCAGAAACAUAAAGCAAAAGAGAUUUGAAUUUUAGCUAAGUAAAAAGGGUGUCAUAAUCACACAAGCCGGCAAUGGUGAUUGCAGCAUCCGGUUUUCAUUUUGGGUUGGAGAUUAUGGGCCAAGGACGGAGAUUAUUGGGUCGAUCGAGGACGGGAUGUUGCUUGGAGAUGAAGUGAAGAUGACUGGAGUCGACGGAGUGGCUGGGAAUUAUUUGGGGGGAAAUGAUGCUUAUUGCCAGCCUUUUAGCCCCAAUUACCGACCUUUUCAUUUUUAUAUUAUUUUCUUAUUUUACACUGCCAUUUCAUAUAUUGCUCAACUUUUUUAAAAUUCUGUACCUAUUGAAACUUUGCCCCUAAUUGUAGCAUUUUCCAUAAAACAAAUACUAUUGCAUCGAGCGGUCAUUGAUUUAUCUCAUCCAUUACGAUAAACCCUCCUAAGCCGUGUCUACCAAAUUUCUUCUUCCAAAACCCCUAAAACCUCCAUUCUCCAUUUUGGGCGGGCAAAUGUCUGACGAUCUUAUUAGAGAGAGUUCCAAGCACUCGCGCCCAGAAUCUUCCCAACGCCCAUCUAAAUUCGCCAAAAUAAACGGCGAAGAUUUCACUGACGACGCCGAGGAGGAGGACAAGGAAGAAGAAGAAGAGAGGAAAUUAAUCGAAAAGAAUAUGAAUCCAAACCCUAGAUUACAGAGAUAUUUAGUUGCUAUUGAGUACAUUGGUACCCGAUUUUCGGGCGCUCAACAGCAGACUAAUUGCAGGACCGUCGUCGGUGUUCUGGAGGAGGCAUUUCAGAAAUUUAUUGGACAGCCAGUUUCAAUUUUUUGCUCUAGUCGAACUGAUGCGGGAGUUCAUGCGUUAUCAAAUGUGUGCCAUGUGGACGUCGAGAGAAUAAGCAAAAGAAAACCUGGUGAAGUGUUACCACCUCAUGAACCUUCAGUGGUUAAAAGAGCUGUCAAUCAUUUUCUACAGAAAAAUGGUGGUGAUAUGAUGGUGAUUGAUGUCCGUUGUGUUCCAUUUGAUUUUCAUGCUCGAUAUAAAGCUCAAGAACGCACGUAUUUUUAUCGAUUGUUAACUGGGAAGGAGCCUUUGUCAACCUUUGAGAAAGACCGGGCUUGGCAUGUGCCUGAGGAACUUGAUCUUCUAGCUAUGCAGAAAGCAUGCAAAAUACUUGUUGGACGUCAUGAUUUUAGUUCUUUCAGGGCUGCUGCAUGUCAGGCCAAGUCUCCCAUCAGAAAUCUUGAUGAACUAACUGUUACUGAGGUCGGUUCAAGCCCAUAUUUUCCUUCAAUCACAGAGAGAGAACAAGGUAAUUUGGCUGCAGAAGAUUCAUUUUCACUCUUGAACAGGUCAAAGAUCAAUCCUUGUGUUUCUGGAAGCUUCAAUCAGCUGAAUGUAGGAAAUUCCUAUGAGGAAGUUAGCCAAGGAUUUGGCAUAAGGAAAAGGAACCGUUGCUUUGUGGUGACUGCCAGAGCACGGUCUUUUCUCUACCACCAGGUCAGAUUGCUAGUUGGGGUUCUUAAAGCAGUUGGCACUAGUGAUCUAACAGUUCGCGAUGUUGAUCGCAUACUCAAAGCAAAGACUGUAACUGCUGCAAGUCCUAUGGCACCUGCAUGUGGUCUCUACCUCGGGCAUGUGAAGUAUGAUCUGCCUUCAGAUGUAUGAGAACAAGAAUUUAUACGAAUAAUAGCAGCAUUAUGUGGCCAUCUUUGUUGUUCCAGGCCAAUUAUGGCAUCUCGGUCUUACCAUUCCAAGCUAAGGUCACAAUUAAUGAUAUUCGGCAAAAUGUUUGGUUUUGUCUGAAAGGCUUCAUCUUUGGAGGAGGGGUUUCAAGCAUCUUGGCCUAACAAUUUUCAGGACUGUUGAGUUCAACGUUUUUGUAGCUGUUUUUCUGCUCUGUAUACCAAUCAGUCAUGAUUUAAGUUUAAUGUUCUGAUUUAACAAAGAAAGCUGUAUUUAUCUAA